GGUAUAUCGCUGCUAUUCUUGGUCCAAGAUUUAAGGAUCUAAACUUUGAACCAGAAAAAUUAGAGCUAAUAAAAAAUGAAUUAAAAUGCAGAAUAAAAGAAACAAAAAAUAUAUAUUCAACAAUCUCU